AUGAGCACCGGUUGGUCGCCUCGCCCUUGGCACAAUUCGUCUUUUUGGUCGUCGUUGACCAUGCCGUUGGAGGGCCCAAAGAGUGGACUGGACUGGACUCUUGCAUACGGAGAGAUCCUACUCUGCAGGCUGGCCGGCUUUUUCUGGGCCUGGGCUUCCAUUGGCUGGCCUGGGGUAGUUUCGCAGCUCGACUCGGCCGGGGGAGCAGAGGGCAGAUGGUGGAUGGAGGGUUGGGGUGUUGUGGGUGUGAAGUGGGAAGGGGCAGUGUUUCAACGGCGCGAAGGGGAUGCCUUGUCGAAGAGCCCCAACCCAAACGGGGCUCUGCGACAAACGCACGUAGGCAGGAUAUCUAUGGUCGGGUUUACGUUCCACAAGGCCACUUUCUGUCCUCCUCCCUCGGCCCUCGCUCUUCUCCCGGGGUGUCCGAGAUCCCAUCCCAUCCCAUCCCAUCCCACCCCACCCCAUCCCCUGCCCCCCUCGACGGGUCUUCGCCUCUCCUUCCAGCGUCCUCUUCUUUAG